UUCAACAAGCAACAACUAAUCAACUAAUCCAUAACUAGUUACAGGGCAGUAUGCUUUUUCACCAUGACACAGUCUUUUUUUAUGUUAAGUACAUGUUCCCUUUCCCUUCAACUUCGCUACAUCUUUGCCACAGGGCAUGCUGGCAGAGGCAUGCAGCAACACCAUGGAGCACUGAACGAUGCACUUUAGACGCAAGCCUUUUGAUGCCCAAUCACUGAUUACCAGUGCUGUGUCCAACAUCAUCUGCUGCCUGGUGUUUGGUGAUCGCUUUGAAUACACUGACAAGCAGUACCAGGGUAUUCUUCAGAAGUUGAAUGAAAUAAUGUACUUACAGGGAAGUUUGUGGACACAGGUUUAUAACACAUAUCCCUGGCUGAUGAAGUGGGUGCCCGGACCUCACCAGAGGAUAUUCACUCUGACACAAAACUUAGAUGACUUUGUAGAGAUCAAGAUUAAAGAACACAGAGAAAGCCUUGACCCGUCCUCACCGAGAGACUACAUCCACUGCUUCCUCGCAGAGAUGGGAGAGAAGGAGGACACAGAUUCUGGUUUUGAUUUAAAAAAUCUGGCUGUUUGCACUCUGGACCUGUUUGGUGCUGGAACUGAAACUACUACCACAACUUUACACUGGGGACUGCUAUUCAUGAUGUACUACCCUGACAUACAAGGCACCACUAUCAUGCCCACGCUGAACUCAGUUCUACAUGAUGAGUCGAUGUGGGAAACUCCACACACCUUCAACCCUCAACAUUUUCUGGACCAGGACGGCAAAUUUAGGAAGAGAGAGGCCUUCCUUCCUUUUUCAGCAGGUAAGCGUGUGUGUCUUGGGGAGCAGCUAGCCAGGAUGGAGUUAUUCCUCUUCUUUACCUCCCUCCUUCAGAGGUUUUCUUUCUCAGCAUGCGCUGGAGAGCAGCCCAGUCUGGAGUUCAAGUUGGGAGCCACUCGCUGUCCCAAACCUUACCGCAUCUGUGCCGUACCACGAUAAACCACCAAAUGAACCAUCUGUUUCACAACACAAUGAAUCACAGCGUUCCACUACAGUUAUUUCACCAGCAAGGACCACACAAUCAAAAGAUUGUGAUUUACUACCCCAAUUCCAAUGAAGUUGGGACGUUGUGUAAAACGUAAAUAAAACCAGAAUACAAUGA